AUGCGUUCGCGUAUAUGGAGUCGACGGGAAGGUGGGGAAGGAUGCGAAGAAGGUGGAGAAGCAGAUGGGGAUAGUAAAAAUUCGGCUGACGAAUCAUCAUCUCCUGGAACUCCAAAUUCUGAUUCUCAACAGGAUGCAGAUGAUGAUGGAAAAGGAAGCCAACCGGGAUCACCCGUGACUCCAGUACCGAUGGGAACCGAACCGCCAUUACCAUUGUCCGUUAGGGGAAGUUCGAGUCCACGAUGUCCAUCGCGAGAUUCUAGGGGUUCGUCUAUACCACCGAGAUGUUCGUCCCGAGAAUCUGUUGCAUCCGAUCAAAGUCAUGCACGUCUCGUACCGCCUUCGGAUAUAAGUCCGAUGGGACUUAAUAUACCCACGGCUCUUCCAGUUAGUGCUUCUUCGAGUAUGCUUCCUCAACAUCCUGCUGCCGUAGCUGCUUAUUUGGGUGUCGUUCCGCCUCACCGUCUAGUCAUGACGUCUCCUUUGCCACCGGUAUUAACGAGAAGUUCGGUUUCGCCUCAUGUAUCGUCGUCGUCUUCUCCGCCCAUGCUCCCGUUGGCUCCCGUCGGCGGAAUCGCGUCUCCCCCUCCGAUGUCAUCACCGAUGGGCAGUACCGAUUCCGCAGUUUUAGAUUUUAGUACUAAAAGAUCUAAUACCAAACAAACGGAAGAUUCGGAGCAGGAAGCAAUUCUUAAUUUGUCGAAGGCGUCUAAUCCUAGUGUAGCGGCGGAAGGUAACAGUCCGCUGGAUCUUUCCUGCGGGGGAAGAAAAAGGAAUUAUGACGAUUCUGCUACUUCCUCACCUUCCAUAAGUCCUCAACCGUCUAGAAAGUCAUCUAGAGUUUCGAAUGAUUUUAAGCCGGUGGUCACGCCUUGGACGUCGCCUGCGUUAGCAUCACAUUUUCCAUAUUUCGCGGCGGCCGUUGCUGCAGCCACCCAAAAUUUACCUCCUAAAAAUAGUAACGCAGAAAAUUCACCGUUGUGGAACGGUAAAUUAAAAUUACCGGAAAAAUCCGGGUCUCACGGCAACACGACGGAUUCUUCCAAAGCUUUGGAAAAAUUAAAUGAAUUAAGUAAACUGGGAGGAGAAGAUUUGUUUCGGUCUUCCCUCAUGGGAAACAAUAAUAUUUCUGGAUCAGCGGGUCGACACAGCGCUUGGCAAUCGCAUUGGCUAAACAAAGGCGCCGAACAAGCAAAAGAUGUUUUAAAAUGCGUUUGGUGCAAACAAAGUUUUCCAAGCCUAGCAGCCAUGACAACUCACAUGAAGGAAGCCAAACAUUGCGGAGUAAAUGUCCCUUCCUCACCUUUACAAUCUCAAGCAGCCACCUCGCCCAUUCAACCAACUGUAACAUCUCCAUCUUCCAGUAACGGUCCCACCCCCUCUGGAAAACAAGAUUUGAAUUUGCUUAUAAAAGAAACCAUGCCGCUUCCUAGAAAACUGGUCAGAGGUCAGGAUGUUUGGUUGGGCAAGGGAGCCGAACAAACUCGUCAAAUAUUAAAAUGCAUGUGGUGCGGACAAAGCUUUAGAUCGUUGGCCGAAAUGACGAGCCACAUGCAACAAACUCAACAUUACACUAAUAUAAUUUCUCAGGAGCAAAUAAUUUCGUGGAAAUCGGCAGAUGAUAAACAAGGCGGUGGCAACACCGGUGGAGGACCUCCGGGUCCGGGAGCAGCAAGCGGAGCGAGUAGCCACGUAAGCGCCGUAUUGACGUGCAAAGUAUGUGAUCAAGCUUUUAGUUCGUUAAAAGAACUCAGUAAUCAUAUGGUUAAAAAUUCUCAUUAUAAAGAGCACAUAAUGAGGUCGAUUUCAGAGAGUGGGGGGAGACGACGGCAAACGCGGGAAAAAAGGAAAAAAUCACUUCCGGUGAGAAAGCUUUUGGAAUUAGAAAGAGCUCAAAAUGAAUUGAAAAAUGGUGAAGCUAAUUUAAAUUCAAAAAUAUCUCGCGAUUUUGUGUCUGGUGCUAGAAUAACAUGCGAAAAAUGCGGGGAAAAAAUUGAAACUUCUAUAUUCGUGGAGCAUAUUCGUCAGUGUAUUGGAGCAGGACUCGUGAGCAAUAAUCAAAAAAAUUUAUUAAAAAACGCUCUCCUUUCGGAAGCCACGAUGCCGACAAAUUUUUUACCACGUGAAGAAAGAAAAAAAGGUGAUGAUUCUGGUAGCUACAAACAGCAUAGAUCACCGUCUGCAACGGAUCUUUCUUCCACUCCGGUAAGUCCGAAAGAGAGCGGACCAGAGGGAAAGCAAGUCGGAGAUUCACCUUCCGUUUUAAACGCAAUCGAAAAAUUAAUCGAAAAGAGUUUCGAUUCGAGAUCUAGGCACGGUGCAAAUUUUUCCGGGGGAGCCGGUAGCGGAAACGCACCCAUAGGUUCGAGCAUAUUGAAAAGACUUGGAAUCGAUGAAAGCGUUGAUUACACCAAACCGUUGGUAGAUGUUCAAACUAUAAACAUUUUAAGAAGUUACCAUCAUCAACCUGGUUACCGCAAAGAAAGAAGCGGAAGUGAAUCUAGUUCAAUGUCCGAACGCGGGGCUCGAUCGGAAACUCUUACACCGGACAGAAAAUCCGAGGUUCCCUUGCUGCCUACGACUCAAAGGGCAACCCCAGAUAAAAAACUCCUCUCUUCCCCGUCCGGGAAAAUUUCAAAUCACGAAGAAUCUAACGACGACGAGCCUCUUGUUAAAAAAGAAAUAAUAGUUCCAGACGAUCCGGAAGAAUUGGACUUGAAAACAAACAAACAGGAUACUAUAAUUGGAAAAAAAGACAAAACCGAGGGAAAAGAAAAAAACGAAGGGAAAAAUGUUAACGGCCAAAGAUUAGAUUCGGAAGAAGAGGAAAGGCGAAGUUCUAACGUUUCACAUAGUCCUGUCACUAGUCCAAAACAAGAUUCGGGAACGAGUGCUCCAAGUCCUGCGAGAAGUUCACCUUCCGUCAGCGAACGUUCGACGACUCCUCAAGUAACCGAAAAAAAAUCAAGUCUCGGAGCUCUUUCAUCAAUGUUCGACAGCUUAUCGGGCGGUAGUGGUACUAGUUCGGGGGAAGCGAGCGCUGCCAGCGGGAAGACGACGAGCAGCCACCCGCUGGCAGCACUACAAAAGCUGUGCGACAAGACUGAAACUCAUUCGACCGCUAGCAAUAAAACGAAUUCGGGAAGUACCUCGACCUCGGGCGGCGGAAACGUACAAGCUCCGAGCACGGCUCCGGGAGCCAUAUUAGCUUUCAGUUGGGCUUGCAACGACGCCGUCGUGACUUCCGAUUCAAUAAUGAAAUGCGCUUUUUGCGACACUCAAUUUAUUUCGAAAGGAGCCUACAGGCAUCAUCUAUCCAAGAUGCAUUUCGUCAAAGACGGAGUCAUUCCGGACGCUGUCGCGCUUAAAGUACAAACGACCUCAGGAAAAGGUGCGCCGACGUCGAGAACCGCUUCAAGUCCAAAUUCGGUUCCAUCAUCCCGUGCCAAGAGUCCUCCUCAGCCGACAUUCGAGGAAAGCCCUCAUUCGAAAUUUUUAAAGUAUACGGAAUUAGCUAAACAGCUAUCUAGUAAGUACGUAUAG